GAUAUUUUCCGAGGGAACCGGAGCCUGGCUUACCCUUGUCCACCUGCUUUAGAGUGGCCAACAUGCAUUCCUCCUCUAUUUGCGUUACCACAACCCUAUCUGGAGUCUUCUCUCCUGCCCCUAACCUAAGAUUCUCAAGCUAACGAAACUGACUCCAAUGCCCGGGGGCACUUACAUUUGAAAAGCAAUAGCAUGAUUUUUAUUAGCUUCCAGCUAUGGAGAGAACGCAUUUUGUACUGAGUAACUCUGGAAGGAUAUGUCCAUUUGGAUCUGUGUCCCUUUGGAGGCAUCUGAAAGAAUAUUCUUUGGCCUCUGACGCAAGCUCGGCUUCAUGGAGUCUGAAAUAACACGUUUCUAAACACUUUUGUGAUCGCUUGCAACAACGGACCCAGAAGCUUGGAUAUUGCUCUUCCAUAAGGAGGCAAGCACCAGUCUCUCCUGGUCGAGGCCAAUUUCCCGGUGAUCUUCGCGGUGCUCCUGACGCUGGGGAGGUAGGUAUGGGGACAUCCUGGACGGAGUCUGCAGAGCUGUGGGAACUACGUUACCCAGAAUGCUCUGCCUGAACGCCCGGUGGCGCUGAGCCAAUGAAGGCUCAGGAGAGGGCACUUCUGCGCGAGCACGUCAUACUGGGGCGGGGGGACUCCUGGCGUACUCUUUUUGGCGGUCAUUUUGGUUUCUUAGGGUUUACCUUGGUUUAGAGGUACUGCAACUCUGGUAAGGUGACGGGAUCAGAGAAGGGGCGGGAGGAGGCGCCGUCCUCACCGCGAAGACUGGGGUCCACGGCUCGGCGACGCCUCCUAGGCUGCCCCUUCCAGGGGCUGGGACAGAGACCCCCAGCCCGGGUGCCCGCUCCGCAAUCCGAAUCCGAUGGCGGCGGCCGCGCCCAGGGUUCCGGCACAGGACAGUGUGACAUUUGAAGACGUGGCUGUGUACUUCUCCUGGGAAGAAUGGGGUCUCCUUGAUGAGGCUCAGAGACACUUAUACCACGAUGUGAUGCUGGAGAACUUUGCACUUGUGACCACCCUGGGUUAUUGGCAUGGAGCAGAGGAUGAGGAGGCACCUUCUGAGCAGGAUGCUUCUGUAGAAGUGUCGCAGGUUAGGACUCACCACGUAGGCCCAUAUCCCAAGAAGACACACCCCUGUGGGAUAUGUUUUCUGGUCUUAAAAGACAUUUUGGGUAUGACUCUUGAUCAAAGAACACAUGCCCAAUUGAGACCAUACACAUGUAGAAAACAAAUUAGUUUCAUUGCAAACCUUCAUCAGCAUGGGAAGCAGCACAGUGGAGAGAAACUGUUGAAAUGGACUUCGUUUAUGAAGAGCUGCAGGUUCCCCAUGUCAGGGAAAUCCUUUACCUGUGGGGAAGUUGAUAAGGACUUCCUCGCCAAUUCAGGUGAGCACCAGCACCAGGAUAUUCGUAAUGGGAAGAAACCACACACUUGCACUGUGUGUGGGGAAGCUAUUCACAGUGGGCAAAGCUGUUACAGUUGGUGCAAAUGCAGGAAAACCUUCAGCCACAAAUACACUCUUACUCAACACCUGAGUGUCCACAAUGAAGAAAGGCCUUAUGAGUGCAGUGAAUGUGGGAAAUCCUUCACCCGAAGGUUUAACCUCUCUCAGCAUCAGAAAGUCCACACCGGAGAAAGGCCCUAUAAAUGCAACGAAUGUGGAAAAUUCUUCACCCACAUCUCCAGUUUCAUUCAACACCAGAGAAUUCACACUGGGGCGAAACCUUAUAAAUGCAGCAGAUGUGGGAAAUUCUUUGGCCAAAGUUCCAGCCUUAUUGUACACAAGAGAGUUCACACUGGAGAAAAGCCUUAUGAGUGCAGUGAAUGUGGGAAAUCCUUUAGCCAAAGCUCCAGUCUCAUUAAACAUCAGAGAGUUCACACUGGAGUGAGGCCUUAUGAGUGUGGCGAAUGUGGAAAAUGUUUUGGUGACACCUCCACCCUCAUUAAACAUCGUAGAGUUCACACUGGAGAAAAGCCUUAUGAGUGCAGGGAAUGUGGGAAAUUUUUUAGCCAAAGUUCUGGCCUCAUUCAACACCAGAGAGUUCACACUGGAGAAAGACCUUAUAACUGCAGGAUAUGUGGAAAAUCCUUUACCCGCAAUUCUGACCUCAUUGAACACAAAAGAGUUCACACUGGAGAGUGGCCUCACGAGUGCAAGGAAUGUGGAGAAUUCUUUAGUGACCCCCAAUUUGCUCAACACGAAAAAAUUCACAUCAGGAAAAGGCCUCAUGAGUGCAACAUAUGUGCAAAAGCCUUCAGCCGAAGGUAUAACCUCAUUCGACACCAGAAAGUUCACGAUCUCACAGAAAGGCCGUAUAUGUGCAGCAAAUGUGGGAAUGUCUUCAAACAGUGGUCUGCGCUGAUUCAGCACCAGAAAGUUCACAAUGCAGAUGGGCUUUAUGAGUGCAAUGAAUGUGGGAAAGCCUUUAGCCGAAGGUGUAACCUCAUCCGACACAAAAAAGUCCACACUGGAGAGAGACCUUAUGGGUGCAGUGAAUGUGGGAAAGCCUUCAGCCGAAAGUCUCACCUCAUCAGGCACCAGAGAGUUCACACAGCAAAGCCAUAGUCAUUCAAGGAACGGGCCUUUUACUUCUUCGAUGUCAUGAUAUUGGAGAAGAGCCUUUGUGAGGGAGCCUAUUCCUAAUUUUGAACUCAUAUCUGAAUGUACACCACAGGGAAGAUUCGCUAUAGUUUCCAGGUAUGUGGGAAGCUUCUAGGAACCGUAUUGCACUUCCUAACCUACUUGGGGUCCUUGCUGAAAUUGUGUGACUGCGUUUCUGUGGUGUAAGUCAUCUCUGCUCUACUGCCUAAAAGACCCCAAUGGUAUACAUCAAUCACCCCAAUGUUUAGGAAAGUAGAUUGUGUUUGCUCUGGAUAUAAUAAUGAGCAGCCUGAGCCUUUAAGGUGAUGUCAUUCUUUUCUCUGCAAUGAUGUGUAUACCUGACCCAGUUUUCUCCUAAAAGACCUUAUCUAGGGGAUCCCUGGUUAGCUUAGCGGUUUGGCCCCCGCCUUCAGCCCAAGGUGUGAUCCUGGAGUCCUGGGAUCGAGUCCCACAUCGGGCUCCCUGCAUGGAGCCUGCUUCUCCCUUGCCUGUGUCUCUGCCUCUCUCUCUCUAUGUCUCUCAUGAAUAAAUAAAUAAAAUCUUUAAAAACAAAAAAAGAAAAAGACUUUAUCUGGAUUCUUCUGGUGGCUUUUAGAGGUUUGUCUUCAUGGACAUUGUUUUCAUAUGACACUUAAGGAUUUUUCCAGUUUCCAUGUC